UCUCCGCAUUUUGAAAAUGUGGCCCCACCCAUUUUAAAAUGGCCUCCAUUGAUGUCUUGUACUCUUGCUCUUCUUGUCACAGGAAGUACGCAUUGGAAGAGCUCUCAAGUGCACAACAGCUUUGCAAAGACUGUAGGAGAAAAUACCCAUCCGUUCAGUGUAAAUUCUGCCAGUUGGAUUUCCAUCAGUUAGAUUCAACUGCACAUGAGUCAGUAUGUGAGCAAUGUAGUAAAGAGCACAGACAAUAUGGGAAGCCAAAGAACUGCUCCAUUUGUAAUCUACUCACAGCUUUUAAAGGAGAUACAUGCACCAGAUGUACUCAUUCACGAAAGAAAUAUGGCCCUCCAAUAAAAUGUGACACAUGUAAGCUAUGCUGUGCAUUUGUAAAAUCAGAUGAAUCAAAAAAGAAAGUUGAUGGGAAGACACUCUGCCUUUUAUGUACCCUGAAUUAUAAAAAGACAAUGUUUAAGAAGAGACAGAGAGAAUUAGAGAAGAGUGGUAUUAGCAAUAAGAAACAAAAGAUAGAGAGAAGUGAAGAUGAGCAUCGAAAGGUAGAGGUUGUUGAUCCUUUUAAUAAUGAGAUCAUGCAGCAACUGGAGAAAGCGCAGUAUGAGAUUGUAGCACUACAGAAACAGACUAGUCCUCGCCUACGCAAAGCUGGGCGAGGCCAAUAAAACUGAAGGACCAGCAACUUCUUGAAAAAGACAAACAAAUUUGUACACUGAGAGCUGAGAACUCUGAGAAAGAUA